ACUGUCGAGCUGUAUAUACUCCAAUCCCGAUGAGCAGCUCUAGCUAGAUUGGUUGAUUCGUGUUAAACAAAUCAGGCGCUCUCUUCCGAAAGUCCGCCGAUUACGUGGCCUCGACCUCGUUGCUCUCCGCAGCGGCGGCAAGCAUGCAGCGGCAAGAGGAGUCCGGCGAGGACAUCGUGAUCGUGGGCGCCGGGCUCGCCGGCCUCGCCGCCGCGCUCGGGCUGCACAGAAAAGGGGUGAGGAGCCUGGUGCUGGAGUCGUCCCCGGCGCUCCGGGCCUCGGGGUUCGCCUUCGCCACGUGGCCCAACGCCUUCCGCGCGCUCGACGCCCUUGGCGUCGGCGACGAGAUCAGGAAGCUCCACCUGCACAUCGAGGGGCUGCGCGUCAUGUCGGCGUCCACGGGUGAGAUAGCAAAGAAGGUGGAUUUCAGGGACGAGUUCCGCUGCGUCAGGCGCGACGUGCUGCUGCAGGUCCUGGCGGCGGAGCUGCCGACGGGCACCAUCCGCUACUCCUCCAGGAUCGUCUCCAUCGACGACGGCGACGACGACGGCGCCAAGAUCCUCCACCUCGCCGACGGCUCGACUCUCCAGGCAAGGGUGCUGGUCGGAUGCGACGGGAUCAACUCCGUGGUGGCCAGAUGGCUGGGGCUCGCCAAGCCGUCGCACUCCGGGCGCUCCGCCACGCGGGGCCUCGCGCGUUACCCCGACGGCCACGGCUUCCCGCCCAAGUUCCUGCAGCUCUUUGGCAACGGCUUCCGCUUCGGCUUCGUCCCCUGCAACGACACCGACGUCUACUGGUUCUACACAUGGUCUCCCUCCCAAGACGAUGAUGGUGUCGCUGAGAGCGGCGCCAAGAUGAAGCAGUACGUGCUGACGAAACUGAGGAGCUCCAAGGUGCCCGCGGAGGCGCUGGAAUUGGUGGAGAGGAGCGAGCUGAGCGACGACGCGCCCGCCGCACCGCUGCGGUUCCGGCCGCCGCUCUCGCUCCUGUUCGCGGGCAUCAGCAAGGGGAACGUGUGCGUCGCCGGCGACGCGCUGCACCCGAUGACGCCGGACCUUGGCCAGGGCGGCUGCGCGGCGCUGGAGGACGGCGUCGUCCUGGCCAGAUGCCUCGGCGAGGCCAUCCUCGGUGGCGAUGGCGACGGAGCGACAGGCGGGACUGAUGAGAAGGAGAGGAUCGAGUUGGGCCUGCGCAGGUUUGCCGGGAUACGGCGGUGGAGGAGCAUCGAGCUCAUCGGAACGGCCUACGUUGUCGGCUUCUUGCAGCAGAGUGGUAAUAGGAUCAUCAGCUUUCUGCGGGAGAAGGUGCUGGCCGGAGUGCUCGCGGGAAGGCUCGUUAAGAUGUCGGACUACAACUGCGGGACGCUGUCGAGCUAGGGAGUAGUACAUUUGAGGCAACCAAGAUAGCAAGAGCAUAUCUUUUUCUUUCUUCCGAGAAACUUUCAAACUAUUUAUCCUUAAUUAUGACAGUACAAAGAACAAAAGAAGUAAUAAAAAUUAGGACGCCGAUAGUGCCACACGUGUAGGCGUUAGAGAGUUUGCCCACACAUUUUGUGUGGUGUAUAAGAGAAACAACCCACACACCUACGUGUGGGCAAAACAAGUAAUGACCACAAGUAGAUAACGCCCA